CCACCAUAUUUUGCCACGUUUACAGUGUCACAGUCCUCCCCUUCAUAAACAAAAAGCUGUCCACUUUCUUUCCUCUUUUGCACGCACUCCAAACGAUGCGAAAGAGAUAAAAAGAGAAGCCCGAUCCUCUCUGUCUCUACUUGUAUUCUUCUCAUGGAGGUUCCCACUGGGCUCUCCGCCAAGCUAUGCAGCUUUCUCUCCUUCCUGCCCUUCUUCUUCUUGCUCUUCAUCCUCGGCAUCCUUAAAGCGGCACUUGUUGGACCGGUAGUAGUAGGCAUCAUUUUGAUUGGAAACUCAGCAGUUAUACUUGGGCUAUGGACUGCACAUUUUGUAUGGACUUAUUACUGUGUGGUAAAAACCAAGAAGCUCGGACCAGUUCUGAAGGCUGUGCUGCUGGUUUCAUUGCCAGUUCCUCUGGCCCUUUGGCCAGUCUUUGGAAUUGUUGGAAGCCUUUUAGGGGGAGUAGGAUAUGGAUUUUUUGUGCCUCUUCUUGCAACUUUUGAGGCUGUUGGAGAGAAUGUCACGGACAAAUUAUACCACUGCUUUCUUGAUGGUUGUUGGUCUACGAUUAAAGGAGGCUGCAUGGUAGUGCAGGAUUUCACAGACUUUUGCUUCCACUCAUACUUCUCGUACAUGGAUGAGCUAAUUGAGACAGUGCUUCCGGAUGAAAAGCCUAUGGACAUUAAGUUAUCGAAAUUGCCUAGUUGUUUGCUGGCAAGCCUGAUUGGUGUGCCAGUAGAUAUGCUUUUAAUUACCACUGUUGCUCUGUGGAAAAGCCCUUGCAUGCUAUUCAAGGGCUGGAAGAGGCUGCUAGAAGACUUGAUUGGGAGGGAAGGACCAUUCUUAGAGAGAGUAUGUGUUCCAUUUGCUGGCCUUGCUAUCAUCUUAUGGCCAUUGGCUGUUGUGGGAGGCGUGAUAGGUGCUAUUGUCUCGAGCUUCUUUUUGGGGCUCUACAGCGGAGUUAUUGUCCAUCAGGAAGGCUCGCUUCAUUUGGGACUUGCGUACAUCGUGGCUGUGGUUUCACUGUUCGAUGAAUAUGUAAAUGAUUUACUCGCCUUGAGGGAGGGAUCCUGUCUUCCGCGGCCUAAAUACCGUAGAAACAUGAGCCCCAGCUCAGAGAGAAAAAAACUAGGUGACAAUCAUAUCGUCAACUCAAAGAAUGGGAGGGAUAACCCGUGCACUUCAAAACUCAUCUCAGAGAAAUCAAGAACUAUGAAGUGGACAAUUCAACAAUACAAACCAAUGCAGGUAUGGGACUGGUUGUGUAAAUCCUGCGAGGUUAAUGGUCGGAUUCUCCUUCGUGAUGGUCUGAUAACUCACGAGGACAUUGAGGAAUGCAUUCUGAGGGGUAAUUGUAAGAAGUUGGGCAUCCAAUUACCCGCUUGGUCUAUAUUACAGUGUCUGCUUGAAUCUGCAAAGUCCAACUCAUCUGGGUUGGUGAUCUCCGACGGAGUGGAGUUGACGAGGGUGAACGGGCCAAGGGAUAAAGUGUUCGAGUGGUUCAUUGAGCCCCUAUUAAUCAUGAAAGAGCAAAUAAAGGGACUCCAACUAGAUGAAAAUGAAGAAAUAUGCCUGAGAGAGCUUGUUAUGAGAGGCAGAAAUGAAAAGCCCGAGGAGUGGGAUGACACUGAAUUUGCAUCCAGUGACAACGUCAGAAGAGCACAGUUGCAAUCCAUUAUUAGAAGACAACAGGGAAUUGUAGCUUCAAUGUCCCGGAUACCAACCUUCCGACGUCGCUUUAGGAAUUUGGUGAAGGUGUUGUACAUAGAAGCAAUUCAGAAUGGUGCUUCAGCUAAUCAUAUUGGGGGAAUCUUAGAAGCCAGAUAUGGCAGCAAGAAGUGGAUUCAAGAUGAAGACAGAAACAAUGGAGACGAGGGAGAGCGUAGUACAUAUGACAAUGGGAAUGUAGUAUAAAUGAGUUUGUAGAAUUACAUUUUUCAAAGGAUACAGUACUAGGGGCUUUUAUUAUGUUGCCACAGUACUUGUUUGGAGAAAAUGGUCUUUUCAUUUUGAAAGAAAAUAUUCUAACAGGUUAUUUUGGU